CAAAAUAUUCUUAUAUAUUGAUACUUAACAACCCCAAAGUUUUCAGUUUGACUAUCUUCUUCGUUUUGCCUUUUGGUUCUUUGAUAUUUUGUUCGCCAUUUUAUUAAUCACACGAGCCGGAGCCGCAUCCGAAACAAACAAAAAUGGACGCCAUUGAUUCCGUCUUCGAUCCACUCCGGGAGUUCGCUAAGGAUAGCGUACGUCUCGUCAAGCGCUGUCACAAACCCGAUCGCAAAGAGUUCACAAAGGUCGCGGUUCGUACAGCGAUUGGCUUCGUCGUCAUGGGAUUCGUUGGUUUUUUCGUCAAGCUCAUCUUUAUCCCCAUCAAUAACAUCAUCGUCGGAUCUGGCUAGACAGCUGAGGCCACAAAAGGAGCAGGCCGGACAAUAUAGAAGGGAACUUGAUCAACUAUUUCAAAUUCUUACCAAUGUUUUUAUUAAUUUUAAAAGCUUAAUUUAUUUUCUAGAGAAGUACCAAACUCCAUGAAUAGAUGUAACGAAUUGCUAGGAUUAUGUCUUACUCCUGAUUAAUCCAGUGUGCUUGUUCAUGGUCGAUAGUUAUUUUAGAGUAUAGAGACUAAGUUUUUGCUUUAUGAUAUAAAAGUUAGCUUCCUCAUCGGUAUGAAAA